CGCGGUGAUUUUUAUUUGCUCGGUGGUACCGCGGUGCUCGUGAUUAUUUCCAUCGGUCUUUUCACGAAUGCAGACCAAGCGUGAGCAGACGUGGACAGGCGGCGCCUGAACACACACUUCGGAUCAGACACAUAUCUUUGCGAGAGGCUAGAUAACAAGCAAGAGAGUAGUGCCUUUUUUGCGCAACUCUUUCGAAGAUAAAUGGAUACAGAAACUGAAACUGACGAAUCUCCAACGAAUGCCAUCACCAGACGAGGUGAUGCUGAGGCUGAAUCUCUGUCAGGAAAAGAUGCAGAUUACCAAGAAGAGACGAGAUGUGGUCUCGGGCCGUGCAAUUUCGACUGGUUGCAGCGAUUCGCCAGUAAGAAGGCGUACGUGGUGAUGUACGGCCUCGUAGGGAUGUCUCAUCUGGCCAUUACCUCGUAUUUCCGAGGAACAAUCAGCACUCUGGAGAAGGAGUUCCAGAUCCCCAGCUCCUUUAUAGGUCUGAUUGGCUCUGCCGGCGACAUCGGUUUGAUUUUAACCACCCUAAGCGUGACCUACCUUGGAAAAAGAAGCCACAAGACCCGUUGGGUCGCGUACGGAACCUACUUAGUUGUGCUGUCUUGUUUUAUCCGUCUCAUCCCGUAUUGGUUGUACGGCGGGGGACAGUCAACGAUAGAUUACUCCAAAUCAGAGUUAACAACUCAAAAAAAUAAUAUCACGCAUCUUUGUGGAAAGAGCUUUAAGGAGCCUGAAAACUGCGAAGAUGCCAGCUCUGGGAGCGUGUCCGCCUACAUCUUUCUGAUUGCUAAUUUCGUCCAAGGAUUUGGUUGCUCCAUUUAUUACACACUAGGAAUGGCAUAUCUGGACGACAACGCUAAAAAGAGCAAAGGAGCCGUGAUGAUUGUCCUUAGUUUGGUGCUCACUAUGUUUGGAUCCACAAUCGGAUUUCUUCUGGCCUCAUUUUCAUUGAAGUUCUACAUCGAUCCGGGAGUCACGCCAGACUUUGGAACCACCGACCCACGAUGGAUUGGCGCCUGGUGGCUUGGUUGGGGACCGUUGGGCGUGAUGACUUUGGUUUUUGCAAUCAUGAUGAGCAUGUUUCCUCGAACCCUUCCACGCGCCUUGCAGCGCAAAAUGAAGGCAGCCGUUGCAGCUGGUCGCUCGUACGUUCCAGAGGAAAUUCCAAAACCAUCGUUAGAAGAUUUUUGGAAGACCAUGAAGCGAUUGUUUAAAAACAAGAUUCUGAUGUGCAAUAACUUAAGCACGACUUUUAUCAUAUUUGGCUACGAUGGACAAAUGCUUUUCUUACCAAAAUACAUGGAAACUCAAUUCAAUAUUUCUGCCACCGCUUCAAACCUCGCAACAGGCUCGAUCGGUCUCCUUUGCACCGCUGCGGGCCUUUUAGUCUCUGCCUUCUUUAUUUUCAAGUUCAAGCCUCGUGCCAGGUACCUGGCGGCGUGGAAUGUUUUUACUGAAAUGAUGGAUGUGGUCGGGUUUCUCUCCAUAUUGAUGAUUUCGUGCGAAAGUUUGAAUUUCCAGUGGUCUACCUUGCCUGAUGGAGGUAAGACCAUCGACAUGCCUUGCAAUUCAAAUUGUGCUUGUGACAGUUCGAUUAAGUACUCUCCCGUCUGCCACGUUUCCUCCAGAGAAACGUUCUUUUCGCCCUGCCACGCGGGUUGCCAGGAUUCUUUCUUCAGCCAAAACGGAACCAAGGUCUUUUCGGACUGCAGCUGCACGGCUGACAACGGGCCAGUCUUGGACGGACCGUGUCCCCUGGACUGCCGGUCGGCAUUUAUAAUCUUCAUCGUUGUCCAAUGCGUGCAGCGUUUUUUGGGAGCCACCGGAAGGGCGGGAAAUUGUCUUAUUCAGUUCCGAUGCGUCGACGUAGCAGACAAAGCUGUGGCAUUUGCGCUUCUCGAGGUUUUGCUCUGCAUUUUCGUCUUCAUCCCAGGCCCCAUCUUAUACGGUCACCUCAUUGACAUGACGUGCACUCUCUGGGGAAUGACGUGCGGCAAAACAGGAAAUUGCUGGAUCUAUGAUGCGGACAAACUCCGAUACUACGUGUACAUGCCGAUCUUUGGUUGUCUGUUUAUCGGCACGUUGUGGGACAUUGGAGUCUGGUACUAUGUGAAAGAUUUGCAAAUGUAUGAUGAUGACGAACCUACCAAAGACUUUGAGCUGAAAGAUUCGAAAGCAAGGGAUAAAAAGAGUCGCUUCAAGGCGUUAGCAAUUGCAUUUGGAGGCAACUAAAUGUUCGUUUCACAAUUUCAGAUUUUUGAGUACGCAUUUGUGACACAGAAGAUGGGAAACGCAACUCAUUUCAAAAUUAAGAUUUUCAAAAUAAUGAGUAAAACUAUUUAAAUAAACAAACAGAAAGAAUUUAUUUACACCAAGUUAAAACAAGCGAUGUUGGCAAGUGUGGGGCAAAGUUAUAUCCUGCUGGCCCAUAACAAUAAACAAAGCUGAACUUAAAAA